AUGAAAACGGUCUUGUGUGCGCGCACCCAAAACACGAUCAUCAUCAUCAACAACAACAAUAACAACAACAACAACAACAACAACAUCGACAUCCCAGCCCCAAAACGACCUCCCCCCCUUUUCCAAUUUAAGCUGUACGACGAUCAACAAAACGAGCUUAGCAUCAUCUUCUCACCCCUGUUGGUUGUUGCUGCUGUUGUUGCGCUCGGUCCAGCCAGCUGCAAUGUCGCCGCAUCGUACAUCGUAACAGGUCAACUGUUUGGGAUCUUUCCCCUGUCCGGCAUAUUCGACAAGGAUUGCCAUCGGAUACGACUCGUAUGGCCCACUUUGCGAGUGAUUCUCGAUCUGAUCUUGCUCGGAGCGGGUAUUGUGAACUCUGUAACCGAGUUCAUCAGACUGCGAUCGGUGGGAGUUAACGCGAAGAACAUCAACGGACUGAUAUUCUUCGUCGAUGGAUGCAUCAUCAACGUCCUGUUCCUGCAGAUGGCCACCAGGUGGAACCGGGUGGCCAUCAAGUGGGACACUGUAGAUCGGAUUUUUCUCACCGAAUCGUACCGGAUCGAGUCCAAGUGGACACUGAAGCGACGAAUGUGGACUGCGGCCAGCGUGUUGAUGGCGUUGGCUUGCUGUGAACAUAUACUAGCAACAAUCAAUAACUUGAGUGACCAGUGGUAUGAAAUCGAAUACUGUGGUUGGAAGACAAACAUCACCGAUACAUUUCGACACUAUGCACUGCGGAGAUCUCCCAAUUUGUAUACGCUGAUGCCGUAUAGUGCCGUAUCAGCUGUGUUUUUCACGUACGUAUCUUUUGCCCUGACGCUCUACUGGAACUACCUGGACGUGUUCAUCAUAUUGGUGAGUAUAGCCAUCGCGACCCGGUUCGAUCAAAUCAACAACCAUUUGCGGACGCUGGCCGGCGGAGGAGUGCUGCUACCGAACGAGCCUUUCUGGAUCCGGGUGCGAAGCCACUAUGUGUCGGUUUGCGAGCUGCUGGACGAAGUGGACCAAGCCGUCGCUUGGAGUGUGCUCAUAUCCUGCGCCACCAAUCUGUACUUUAUAUGUCUGCAGAUAUUGAACGUUUCCCAUGAACGAUGCCAUACAACUAGUAAUUCGGUUCAUUUUUAUCCCACCAGGAAACUGCGCUGCGUAAUGAAUGACGUUUACUACUGGUUUUCGUUGCUGUUUCUGAUUGGACGGACCGUGACCCUGUUCCUGUGUGCAGCACAUAUCAACGAGGCAGCCAAGAAGCCGUUGGAUAUUGUGGCGAAAAUUCCCAAUAAUGGAUGGAGUGUGGAGUUAGACCGAUUCUCGUCGCAGCUGAAAAGCGAAACGGUUGCACUUUCCGGUAUGAGAUUCUUCCACAUCACCCGGCAGCUGCUCUUUUCGAUGGCCGGAACCAUCGUUACCUACGAGCUGGUGAUGCUCAAGUUUGAUAAGGAAUCGGAAGGCAAGGGCUACAUUCGACCUUGCUCCUUUUUCGAAAUCGAGAAAAAGUGGCUCACGUGA